AUGGCUAGUGAGGACAGUUUCGUAGUGUUGGUUCACCACAAAGGAUCCAUUAAGAGAAAAACUCGUUCCGGUGUGAAGUUCACUGAUAAGGAUCCUCUCUGUGUUAUAGUAAGGCCUACGACGAGGUAUGAGGACCUUGUUAGCUCUGUACUGCUGAAACUUGGUCUAGAAGGUGUGAAACGGGUCAUGUUUCAUUGUUGCCGGCAGUUUCCAGAGGUGAGGACACCAGAACUGUUGGCAAAGUUGGUUGACGUCGUGUCCAACUCGGGGGGUUCGAACCGAAAUACCACCACUUUAGCCACGGUAGCCGGUUCUAACUCAAGACCAGCCGUGGCAUCUUCCUCCGUCCCUGCGUACGAGCCGCCCCUCCAACCUGUCGCCUCCCCUUCGUUCACUGUUGAUCUCAACAGGAGUGUAGGCGACGAGGUCGGAGAAGGGGAAUAUCUGCGGACCUCUUUACAGUGUCUUGUACCAGCUGAGGUUGUAGAUGGAUUCUUGGAUGAUCCAGAGGACGAUGAUGUCGAGCCGGAUAUGAUUGCUGAUGACAGUGGCGAUGAUGCUGGAGCAAGUGAGCUUGCUGGGGCGGGCGGUGGUUCUAGCUCUGGCACGCAGCAGUACCCUCCACGUUUUUUCUCUUUGGACUUGGAUGCCAUGAGGCAGGAGGGGGUACCUGGGCAGCCGGCUGGAUUUGGCGCUAGAGAUGAUGAAGGGUCUGCAGGUCUGACAGAGUUUCAGGUUGGUCAGCAAUUUCCGGAUAAAGAAGAGGCCCUCUUAAGUGUCAAGACUUACAGCAUCCGUCGAGGGGUACAGUACAAGGUCGUGGAGUCUGACUAUCGCCGGUAUGUGGGCAAGUAUUCUGAGUUCGGCAAUGGGUGCAGAUGGUUGAUUCGGCUUAGUCUCCGACAGCGAAAGGGAGUUUGGGAGGUCAAACGUUACAACGGACCGCAUACUUGUCUCGCCACCUCGAUUUCCAGCGACCACAGGAAAUUGGAUUACCAUGUGAUAUCGGCAUUCAUUAUGCCAAUGGUUAGGGCUGACGCAUCCGUCAGCAUCAAGGUGCUCCUAAAUGCCACCGCAACACACUUCGGGUUUAGGCCGACUUACAGGAGGGUCUGGUUGGCGAAGCAGAAGGCAGUUGCCCUCAUCUAUGGUGACUGGGAUGAGUCGUAUAAUGAGCUCCCAAGGUGGGUGUUAGGAGUCCAGUUGACGAUGGCUAGUACUGUUGCAGUCCUAAAGACGAGCCCUGUUCGUGUCGGUGGACAGUUGGACGAGUCUCGAGCUUAUUUUCACAGACUAUUCUGGACGUUUCCACCGUGUAUUGAGGCAUUUCGUCAUUGCAAGCCCCUAAUUAGUAUUGACGGCACCCAUCUGUCUGGCAAGUAUGGGGGAAUGUUGCUUGUCGCGAUUGCACAGGACGGGAACUCCAACAUACUCCCUGUUGCAUUCGCAUUAGUCGAGGGUGAGAACGCUGAGUCGUGGUCCUUCUUUCUCUCCCACCUGCGUCAGCAUGUGACACUGCAGCCGGGUCUGCUAGUUAUCUCGGACAGGCAUAACGGCAUCAAGGCCGCGCUUGAGGCUCCUGACAGAGGCUGGUUACCUCCGUCUGCAUACCGGGAAUUCUGCAUUCAACAUGUUGUGGCAAAUUUCGCCCUCACCUUCAAGGGCAAAGACGCAAGGAGGCUACUUGUGAAUGCGGCGUACACUAAGACCAAGGUCGAGUUCCAUUACUGGUUUGAUAUUCUUAGGUUCGAAGACCCAGCGAUGUGUGACUGGGCGAACCGGAUUGAGUAUUCGUUGUGGACACAGCAUUGUGAUGAGGGGCGUAGAUUCGGACACAUGACGAUGAAUAUAUCUGAGUGUGUGAACUCGAUCCUCAAGGGUGUACGAAACCUACCUGUGUGCUCGCUAGUGAAGGCAACAUACGGAAGGUUGGCGGAAUUAUUUGUUCGCAAAGGGAGAGAGGCUAAGGCGCAGAUGGGAAUUGGACAACAAUUUAGUUAG